AUGUACCAAGAUAAGUUCCAAGUACCAUACAUUAAAUCAUUUCUCAUCAGUGACCCUAGGUACCAUUAUUAUCCCAAUUUUUCAGAUGAGGAAACUGAGGCAAAGAAAGAUUUAAGAGUCAUUUUCAACAUUGUUAACUUCAGCAAAACUAAAAGUCUUUAUAGAGAUGGGAUGGCACCUAUGGUGAAAUCUACCAGCCGACCAAAAUGGCAAAGACUGCCACCCAAGAAUGUCUACUACUACCGCUGCCCAGACCAUAGGAAGAAUUAUGUGAUGUCUUUUGCAUUUUGUUUUGACCGAGAAGAAGAUACUUACCAAUUUGCUUACUGCUACCCUUAUACAUACACUCGCUUUCAGCAUUACCUUGACAGCCUGCAAAAGAGAAACAUGGAUUACUUCUUCCGCGAGCAGCUGGGUCAGAGCGUGCAACAGCGGCAGCUUGAUCUCCUGACGAUAACCAGCCCCGACAACCUUCGGGAGGGGGCAGAGCAGAAGGUGGUAUUCAUCACAGGACGAGUCCACCCAGGGGAAACACCCUCUUCAUUUGUGUGUCAAGGGAUCAUUGACUUCCUCAUAAGCCAGCACCCUAUUGCUCGUGUCCUACGGGAACACCUGGUCUUCAAGAUUGCACCUAUGCUCAAUCCUGAUGGUGUCUACCUGGGCAAUUACAGGUGCUCUCUGAUGGGGUUUGACCUGAACCGCCACUGGCUGGAUCCCUCCCCGUGGGCCCACCCCACCCUGCAUGGGGUGAAACAGCUCAUCAUUCAGAUGUACAACGACCCCAAAACAAGCCUGGAGUUUUAUAUUGACAUCCACGCCCACUCCACCAUGAUGAAUGGUUUCAUGUACGGCAACAUCUUUGAGGAUGAAGAGCGGUUCCAGAGGCAGGCGGUUUUCCCCAAGCUCCUCUGCCAGAAUGCCGAGGACUUCUCCUACUCCAGCACGUCCUUUAACCGGGAUGCUGUGAAGGCCGGAACUGGCCGUCGCUUCCUCGGCGGGCUGCUGGAUCAUUCUUCUUAUUGCUACACCCUCGAGGUUUCCUUCUACAGCUACAUCAUCGGCGGCACCACAGCUGCUGUGCCCUACACGGAAGAAGCCUAUAUGAAGCUGGGGCGGAAUGUGGCGAGAACAUUUUUGGAUUAUUACCGGCUGAACCCCAUGGUCGAGAAAGUGGCGAUACCCAUGCCGAGGCUGCGGAAAGGAAAACCCCCUUCCUACAAGCACCCAAUCCUGCGGGGCCCGGCCAGCAACCACCCCAACGGCAAAGGGGACAAGAAGAGUUCAGUGAACCACAAAGACCCUUCAAACUCUUUUUAA